AUGACAUAUCCCGAGUCUCAAAUCCUCAAACCCCCGUCCCGAGCUCACUCUCGGCCUUCUACACCGGGAGCUUCUUUUCUUCACACAACAUCCUUGAAUGGUCCAAACAAACACUCCUCAAAUGCAGCAGCAACCACUAAAACACUUACACCAGAUGCCUUACCUUCAUCCUCGCCUUCUCCAAUUAGAGUUCGCAGACUCGGAGAAACAGAGCCGGCAUCAAGAUCCAAAACGUCAUUGACACUUUCACUUCCCGAAGAAGAGACUUUUGGUCAACCGAGCAUCGACUUACCGGGCUUGAAUAUGGCCCGAGAUUUUGGAUUUGGGUUGAGGAUUGGAUCAAGGAUAUCGAGGAUCGAAGAGAGAAGAUCGGUUGUGGUUGUGGAAGAUGUGAGACAAGAUGGCAAGGAAGAUUUUGAGAAUGUGAAUCUAGAUGCUCAUAGGAGAUGGAUUGAAGGCAGAGGAAAAGACUUGGGACUAGAGAAAGAGAAAGAUGAUGUGGAGGUAUUGAAGGAGAGGAGGAUUGCAGAGAUGCUUGAUCGGCGGGAAGAUGAUGAGGAGGAUAAAGAUAAUGUAUCCAGAGGUCUGUUGGGAAGGAUUUGGGGAAGUGUUGCUAGGAAAUGCUGUUGUUGUUAG